GCAAUGGCUCCUCGUUAUGACUACAUCAUUGUCGGCGGAGGCCUUGCUGGCUCUGUCCUCGCAAGCCGUCUAUCGAAAGGCCCAAACAGACCCAAGGUCCUCUUGGUGGAAGCCGGCCCUGAUGUAACCAAAAACGAUAUUAUCCCCUACGCCAAGAACCUUCCUUUCCUCAUCCACUCCGAGCUGGACUGGGCAUAUGCCACCGUUCCCCAAAAAGAGCUCGAGGGACGCAGCAUCAACAACCCAGCUGGUAAAUGCCUGGGCGGUGGCACUGCCAUUAACGUCUGCGGAUGGGAUCGAGGUGAUGGCCAUGACUAUGAUCAAUGGGCUGAACUCGUCGGGAAUGAGCGCUACAGCUACCAACGCAUGCUUCCCUACUUCAUCCGAACUGAAGAAUACCACGACCCCAAUGUGACCACUGGUCAGCACGGCUCGGACGGUCCUUUGUAUAUCGCCACCGCUGCAUCCACCGGACGUCACUACCCCCUCUGCGACCUUCUGCUCCAGGCCUGGAAGGAGAACGGCGUCCAGCCGCUGGACGGACUAGAUGGAAACAGCGGCAAUCCCACCGGCCUCGCCGAGCUCACCGAGAACAGACGCAAUGGCCUUCGUCAACUUGCCAGCUCCGCAUAUCCCCUGAACAGGGUCGGCAUCCUCACCAACACGCUUGUCAAGCGCAUCGUGAUCGAGGAGUCCACCGCCGUGGGAAUCGAAACCGCUGCUGGCGUUCAUUACUAUGGAAGAGAAAUCAUCUGCGCCGCCGGCUCCUACCGCACUCCUCAACUCCUGAUGCUCUCCGGUAUUGGACCCAAGGACACUCUCUCCCAAUUCAACAUCCCUAUCAAAGCCGACAUCUCGGAAGUCGGACGUAACCUCUUCGACCACUUGGAAAUGACUCAAUACUGGAAACUCAAGGAUCAAUAUGCCGGCUACGCUUUCGGAGUCCACAACCCAAACUUCACCAAGCCGCAGUUCGGCCUCGGUGUCCCAGUCGACUGGAUCGUCAAGACCGACGUGCCUAAAGAAGGUCUAGCCAAGGCCCUGGCAGCAGACGGACACGCCGACAACCACCCGCUCCUGCGCUCCCAACGUGCUGUCAUAGAACACCUGGUGCUGUACGCAGCUGCAUGUCCCGCUAACCCCGUCAUCUCAUUCGACGGUACCCAUAUUGCCUCCACGAUCGUGCACCUGCUCCCUACCUCCAAGGGCUCCGUCAGCAUCAAUUCCACCGAUCCGGCAACCAACCCCGUCAUCGACCCCCAGUAUCUCUCCACCGAGGCCGACCGCUACGCCUGGCGCAUGGGUCUACGCAAGACCGCUCAGUUGUUCCUCGGCACCGACGCUGGCAAGUCGUUUGUCGAAAGAGAGGUGUCCCCCGAUGCUUUCCGCCCAAUCACCUUGGAUUCGUCCGAUGAGUAUCUGGAUUCGCGCACUCGCCAUGGAGCUUUUUCCACUUAUCAUCCGUUGGGAACAUGCUCUAUGGGCAAGGUUGUCGAUACCGACUUCCGGGUUCAUGGGGUGUCGAACCUCCGUGUGGUCGAUGCAAGCGUCAUUCCUGUCCCAAUUGCAGCGCAUAUCCAAGCUGCUGUCUAUGCUCUUGCUGAAUUGGCUGCGGAUGUUAUUUCUGGUGAACUGUGAGGGCUAAGCAAGAAAGACUGUUUGUAUCAGGAGUCAUGUGCUGAUACUGAUCGGAC